CCGACGCGCUAAAGAGAAAAAGCAUCGCCCUUUCUAGUUAGAGGCGGCGGCGCUGCAAUUUUGGAUUUCGUUAUUUGUAGUAUGUUCUGAGCUCUACCAGUGGCUAUAUAUCAGACUCACCAUGGGCGGCACAGCAAGCACGAGACGAAUAAGUGUCAAAAAUGAAGAUACCUCUGGCGUCAUAAAGAUAUCGGACUCGGUCGUCAACCGUAUCCGCAACGAGCUGCAGAACCAGCCGGCGGAUGAGCCGCAGCAGAGCGCCCGCCAGGCGCCCAAGCAGUCGCUGCCUCCUCCUCCGCCCCCGCCGCCGCCGCCUCCGCCGCCGGCCCCCGAGGCGUCGCCGCCGCCGGUGCCGGAGCGGCCCCAGCUGCCAGCCGUGGAGCGCCGCCCUAUGUCGGCGCCGCCGCCACCGCCGCCGGCCGCGGCUGGCCGCUACUCUGAGGAGGCGUACAUCUCGCUGAUGAAGCUGCGCGACGAGAAGGACGCCGAGCUGCGCCAGAUGGAGCAGAGCUGGCGCAACAAGAUCAACCAGAUGGAGCAGCGCCACGCUGAGCAGCACAACCUCACCACGGAGGCGUUCCACCGCACGCUGGCAGAGGUGCAGGGCCUCUUCCUGAAGGCGUCCACCACGCCCAUCUGCCAGGACGGACAGGAACGCGUGAUGAAGUGUUACGCAGAGAACUCCAAACAGAGUUUGAAGUGCUCUCAAGAAGUGCAGCAGUUCUCAGAGUGUGUGGAUCUAACGCGUCUGAGUCGUCUAAUGAGAUGAAGCGAUCCUGGCCGUGCCGGGUCUUAGAGCCGACUGAUCCAUUCGGUCCGUUAUGACGGUGUGACAGCUGCGCUGUGCUGCGGUGUGACGGCUGUCGCUGCUGAGAAGCACAGCCGCUGUGGGGUGAUAUAUCCGCGCUGACUCUGUUCAAAUAUAGCCGCUGGUGCCGGA